UUUCUCUGCUCUAACGAUACAAUCAUGAGUGGUCGCGGCAAAGGUGGGAAGUCUCGUGCGAAGGCAAAGACCCGAUCUGCUCGCGCUGGCCUUCAGUUCCCAGUGGGUCGUGUUCAUCGUCUUCUGCGCAAGGGGAACUACGCUGAACGUGUCGGUGCUGGGGCUCCAGUCUAUUUGGCAGCUGUUCUUGAAUACUUGGCCGCCGAAGUUCUCGAAUUGGCUGGCAAUGCCGCGCGCGACAACAAGAAGACCCGUAUCAUCCCUCGUCACUUGCAAUUGGCCAUCCGCAAUGACGAGGAGUUGAACAAACUGCUCGGUGGUGUAACCAUCGCCCAGGGUGGUGUCCUACCUAAUAUCCAGGCUGUGCUGCUGCCCAAGAAGACCGACAAAGUCAAGGCUUAAGACCGGUGUGUGUGUGUGGCUUGGGAGCCAGAGAACGUGAAACCGGCCCUUUUUAGGGCCACUACAUGUUGAUCUCAGUAUUGUCUUUUUGUUUCUUUGUUAUUCUUUGGUUGUUGUAUUUGUGGGUUGAGGGUUUCCGAGGUUGUACUUGCGUUAGAUGUUGGAGCGUGACAAGUUGACGACCGCACAAUGGUUAGGCAUGGAGUACGGUGAAGCCAGGCGUUAUGGAUGCGAUACGCAUGGGUACUAGCUAGAACCUUGUUUCCUUCUAACGCAAUAGUGUGAGGAUGGAGGUUAGGAAACCUUAUGGUGUAUUUAAGAGAAGUGUUGCACAGUCUCAGUUUGAUUAUUCAGCGGUUUUAAAUAAUAAUAAUAAUAGUAAAUAAUUCGAUGAUGAGCGGUAGCUAAUUUGCUUCAGUGGAUGAAUGGGUGGAUUCCGCUGUUAGGCACGACGAGGAUUUAAAACCUUGUCUAUUCUCGUAU